CUGUCUGCCCUGAUGAUGGUCGCAGCGCUGAUCGGCGCCGUCAGCGCGGGAGGUUUGUACGGAGGCUUCGGCCGAGGUUUCGGUGGAGGCUUUGGCGGAUUUGGUCGAGGCUUCGGAGGCUUCGGCCGAGGCUUCGGAGGUUAUGGUGGAAGCUUCGGCCGAGGCUUCGGAGGUUAUGGCGGAGGCUUCGGAUUAGGACGAGGAUUCGGCGGCGGAUUCGGGCGUGGAUAUGGCGGAUACGGUUAUGGGCGUUGAGAAUGAAAUAAAGAAUGUACUAAGA